AUGGAUCAACAGCUGCUGACAAGAAGAGGUUCAUUAGUCAGAGGCAACAACCAUAGGUGGAAACUCGAACCAGAUGUGUUUUGGCAGAAUUACACCCCUAUAGGACGACCCGAGCGUACUCAUCUCCUGUAUGAAAUCCAGUGGGGACGAAGUCGCAGGUACUGGAGAAACUGGUGUACAAGCAACCGCACCCACCAUGCUGAAAUCAACUUUUUGGAAAAUGCCUGCGAGGAGAUAGACCGUCGGACAACCACCCCAUGCACUGUCACUUGGUUUCUAACAUGGAGUCCUUGUGGUAAAUGUAGUGGCCGUAUAAAGCAGUUCUUGCAGGAACACCCAAAUGUGACCCUGGAGAUACGUGCUGCAAAAUUAUUCAAUCAUAAUUACAAGUUCAAUCAGAAAGGCCUCAGGGACUUGGCUAAUUUUGGAGUCCGGAUAUACAUCAUGCAGCUGGUUGAUUAUUUAUAUUGUUGGAGAACAUUUGUGGCUCACCAAAGGAAUGAAGAAUACAUUUCGCCACUGUGGGAUUUCUUGACUUCGAUAGAGUUUUAUUCCCAACAACUGGACUCCAUCCUCAGGCCUUUCUGAGUUAUCUCAGGUGCUGUGGACCAUUACCUUCUGUCAUUAGAGGAUCUGUGAUCUCCUUAACAGCAGAAAGUUCUGAUGAUUCUUUUGCCAAGCCUUAAAUAUCUGUGUAUUUCAUGGGCAAACUAGAUGCUAUAACAAACACAUUUUUAAAGACAUUGACCAACGACGGGCCCAAGACAGCACCCCACUUGUCACUUUUUUCCAGGAUGACAAGGAAGCAUUAAUGAGCAGUCUUUGGGUUCGGCCAGCCAACCAGCUACAAAUCCACCUAACAGUUACCUCGUUCAACCCACGUUUUACAAACUGCCUUGCAAGAAUAUAAUGAGAGAUUUUGUCAAAAGCCUUACUGAAAUCAAGAUACACUAUGUCCACAGCAUUCCCCUGAUCCACCAUGCUUGUAACUCUGUCAGAAAAAGAUAUGAGCGUCGUCUGGCAUGACUUGUUUUUGAGAAACCCAUGCUGGGUCUUAGUAAUCACAGCAUCCUUUUCUAAGUGCUCACAGACCAACUGCUGAAUUAUCUUUUCUAGGACAUUUUCUGGUAUCGAUGUCAAGCUCAAAUUUGUGAAAGACAAGGCUUUCAUUGGCUACUAGGCAAGGUGUCCUUGCUCCACCUCCUGUCAGAGGCAGUAUGCCUCUAAAUUGC